AUGACAGACAGAAAUGACCGGGAUUUUCUGACUAAUAAUAACAUGGAGUUCAAAUCUCGCAGGCGAGGCCGACCUAUGACGUCUAUUGAACGUACAGACAUAGAGUCGGAUUCUGUGUUUCCACACAUUCCACUGUCUUCUCACUGGGACAGGAGGGCAUCAAGGUCACCAGACAGUGAUGGCAGUAUACGUGGUGACUUAGGCAGCAUCAUGCUGCUUAUGUUUCUGUACAUAUUGCAAGGCAUUCCCCUGGGGCUGGCCGGGAGUAUUCCCAUGUUGUUGCAGAGUAGAAAGGUUAGUUACACAGACCAAGCAGUGUUCAGUUUGGUGUACUGGCCGUUCAGCGUAAAACUGUUAUGGGCACCACUUGUUGACUCCAUCUACGUGUCAUGGUUUGGUCGUCGAAAAACAUGGCUGAUCCCCAUACAGUAUCUCAUGGGGUUGUUUAUGCUGCUCCUGUCAACAAAAGUAAAAUCGUUGCUAGGAGAUAGUACAAGUGAGGGAGGUACGGGCGAGGUCUGUAUCUAUACACUGACGGCCAUCUUCGUCUUUCUCAACUUCCUGGCCGCCACACAGGAUAUUGCUGUGGACGGUUGGGCCCUGACCAUGUUGUCCAGACCCAACAUUGGCUGGGCCAGCACUUGCAACUCUGUGGGUCAGACUGCUGGCUACUUCCUGGGCAACAUCCUCUUCCUGGCCCUGGAGUCUGCUGAUUUCUGCAACAACUACAUCCGGAGUGUGCCCCAGGAGGAGGGCAUUGUCACCCUGUCAGGAUUCCUGUGGUUUAUGGGUAUCCUGUUUUUGGUGACCACCACAUUAGUGGGGAUCUUCAAGAGAGAGCACAUGGACCUUGACGCGGACCCCGACCAGGGAAUUAUAGAAACGUACAAGAUCCUGCUGAAUGUCAUACGUCUGCCAUCAGUAGUGUCAUACACUAUCAUCCUCAUAACAUCUAAGAUAGCAUUUGCUGCCACUGAUGCCUUAACUGGUCUGAAGCUGAUAGAAGCUGGGAUGCCCAAGGAACGACUGGCUCUCUUUGCUGUCCCUGUGGUACCUGUUCAAGUCAUGCUGCCUUUAAUCAUCAGCAAAUACACAUCUGGUCCGAGACCUUUGGAUAUCUGGCUGAAAGCCUAUCCUUUUAGGAUGGUAAUCGGGGUCCUGUAUUGUCUGAUUGUCUACUGGGCCAGUGUGACCCAGACAGUGCCUGGGGAGUUUCCCUGGUACUUCUACAUGGUGGUGUUGCUCUUCUACUGUCUGCAUCAGGUUGCAGUCUACUGUAUGUUUGUGUCAGGAAUGGCUUUCCAUGCCAAAAUCAGCGAUCCCUCAAUUGGAGGAACCUACAUGACACUGCUGAAUACAGUGACCAAUUUGG